UGCCCCGUGUGCGUGUGGCGGCAGCACAGCCGCGAGCUGCGCCUGGAGAGCAUCAAGUCGCAGAUCCUGAGCAAACUGCGGCUCAAGGAGGCGCCCAACAUCAGCCGCGAGGUGGUGAAGCAGCUGCUGCCCAAGGCGCCGCCGCUGCAGCAGAUCCUGGACCUGCAUGACUUCCAAGGCGACGCGCUGCAGCCCGAGGACUUCCUGGAGGAGGACGAGUACCACGCCACCACCGAGACCGUCAUUAGCAUGGCCCAGGAGACGGACCCCGCAGUGCAGACAGAUGGCAGCCCUCUCUGUUGCCAUUUCCACUUCAGCCCCAAGGUGAUGUUCACAAAGGUACUGAAGGCCCAGCUGUGGGUGUACCUUCGGCCCGUGCCCCGCCCAGCCACAGUCUACCUGCAGAUCUUGCGACUGAAACCCCUAACUGGGGAAGGGACUGCAGGGGGAGGGGGUGGAGGCCGGCGUCACAUCCGUAUCCGUUCACUCAAGAUUGAGCUGCACUCGCGCUCCGGCCACUGGCAGAGCAUCGACUUCAAGCAAGUGCUUCACAGCUGGUUCCGCCAGCCACAGAGCAACUGGGGCAUCGAGAUCAACGCCUUUGAUCCCAGUGGCACAGACCUGGCUGUCACCUCCCUGGGGCCGGGAGCUGAGGGCCUGCAUCCUUUCAUGGAGCUUCGAGUCCUAGAGAACACAAAACGGUCCCGGCGGAACCUGGGCCUGGAUUGUGAUGAGCACUCAAGCGAGUCCCGCUGCUGCCGAUAUCCCCUCACAGUGGACUUUGAGGCUUUCGGCUGGGACUGGAUCAUCGCACCUAAGCGUUACAAGGCCAACUACUGCUCCGGCCAGUGCGAGUACAUGUUCAUGCAAAAGUAUCCACACACCCACUUGGUGCAACAGGCCAAUCCAAGAGGCUCUGCUGGGCCCUGCUGCACCCCCACCAAGAUGUCCCCAAUCAACAUGCUCUACUUCAAUGACAAGCAGCAAAUUAUCUACGGCAAGAUCCCUGGCAUGGUGGUGGAUCGCUGUGGCUGCUCCUAAGGUGGGGGACAGUGGAUGCCUCCCCCACAGACCCUACCCUGAGACCCCCCAGCCCUGCCCCUCCCCCCAAGCCCUAGCGCUCCCUCCACCUCUUCCCAUGAACAUCACACCUUGUUCCCUUGACCAAGCAGUGUGCAAUACAACAGAGGGAGGCAGGUGGGGACUGAAGGGUGAGGGGUUGGGAGAAAGGGAGAGGGGCACGGUCAGGGUAGUGUUUGAGGUUUGCAGGUAAGAAGGUUUGGCAAGAAGAUAGAGAGAUGUAGAGACAAGAGGGAUUGAGACAGAGGAACAAACAGCAACACUGAGAAGGCAAAGGAAUAGAGAGGCAGAAGAGACAGACUAGGCAGAGACAAACACUGAAAGAGACUGAAAUGGAGUAAUAAAUGAAAGCCCCACACCAAGCCUCCUUUCUUCUACUGGCAAGGUGAGGGGCUUGGUAGUUUGGGGAGAACCCCUGACUACUCAGUAGGAGAGGAAAUCUAUCCAUUCUUAGCUUCUUCCCUCUCUUCCUCCAGCCAUGGCAGGGGAAGGGAAGUGAAGGCAGGGGCAAAAGGAUUUGGGAAUUUUAUUUAUUUAUUUAUUGUGACUUUUCAUUUUUUGGUAUUUGGCUUUACUGGAAUAGGAGGGCCCCUGCCCACUAUGCCCCAUUUAUCCCUUAUUCCCCAAACCAGGCUCUUCCCCAAGACCCACCCACUUAAGCACUUGUAUAAAGCCUCCAGGGUUGGGAAUGGGAGUAAAGGGCAAGAGGGCUGACACAGGUAUGUUUCUAACCCAUAAGUACCCUAACUAACCUUCUUGAGCCAAACCGAAUGGUCAUAGAAACAGUAAAAGGUUAGGAUUUAAGAGCUAGGGAAAGGGGAGUCCUCAACCACUACUAACCCUCAGGCCAGCUUUCUUCAUGGUACUGAUUUAUUUAGCCAGAGGGUACAGCCUGCUUAAACCCAAAUUCCCCUCAGUGGAGAGAGACCAAAGACCCUGUGGAAUGUCCCUGGUCCCAGCCUCUAUCUUCAGGUCAAUGAAAAAAAAAAAAAGAUCUGAGUCCCCCAGGUCUGGGAAGGAUUUGGAGGGGUCAAGAAAGGAGUGGUUAAGUAGGCUGAAGGUUACAGGGCAUUUGAAUCCAAAUCACUGCUCUGGGCUAGGGAAUAGAGCCAGCAGACCAAGGUGGAAGGGAUUCUAGAGGGGGACAUUUUAGUCCCCCAACCCCAAAGCUCAGGGUAGGAGGGAAAACAAGGGAGCAGAUUGUCUAUAAUAUUUUUUAUUUUUGGAAUACAGCAGUAUCUGGCAGCAGGGAGGGAACAGUACAGUGGGGAAAGGCAUCUGACAAGGCCAGUUACAGCAGAGGAUGGGAAGGACAGAGACUCCCUGGUUUGGAAGGAUAGGAAGCAGGCAGACUGGCUGCCACUUCAUCAUUAGCUGGGCCCAUUCAUUCAUCCCACAAUCCUGAUGCACACUCCUCUGGACUCACUGGGCCUCAGUUUCUUCCCCUCAAUGGAAUGAGAAAUAGCAGCACCCGCCACAGCCAAGAGAUGAAUUCUGAGCACUUACCACGGGCACUUUAUGGACAUAAAAUACCUCUCGCUGUGGGACCAGAUAACCAGGGCACCAGAGCAGUGGUGAAGAGAUGUGAGGCUUAGAGGAGUCACUGGCUUCAGAGAAUACACGUUUCCUCCUGCCUGCCAGCUGGAGUGCCUGAAGCCAAGGAGUUGAGAAUCUCCAUACCCUACCCAUACCUCACCAGCUGACCUCUUGGCUCCAGGCUAGAGCCUAGAGAAUGUCAGGAGAGGAGGGGGUGAAAACCUGCAGCAAAAUUACCACUCUAAAUAAAUCCAGCAGUUAUGGUCUGGUAGCAACAGUACUGAACUGAAGUAAAGCCCAUGCUGGAGAGCAAACCUGGAAGGCUUAUUCUUCCUAAGCAUAUGUCUCUCCUGCUUGGACUGGACCAUGGAAGGGGCAAAGGUAUGUGGUCACCCUGGGAAAGUAAUAUUGGUGAGCUUGAGCAUCUUACUCCUAUACUCAUAGUGAGAAAAUGAGACAAGGUGUUUCAGUAGAGGAAUAAGCAGGAGCUGUUAAGCUUUUCAACUAACCUCCCAUAUAGCAGCUAUGUCAACCCCAAGCCUCUCCUCUCUGGCCUUGUUCUUCAUCCUUUCUGCCUCAAUGGAGAAUAAGACACCUGAUGAUCAAUACCAUUUACAUUUCCUUGGCAGUAGGAGGAGUAGGAAGAGUGAAGAUAAUUCCCCAAAGGUCAAAUACCUCUUGAUCUUGGGACAGGGUAGGGAUUGGGCAGUAAGCAUCAGGUAACUUCCCUCUACAGAGUCUAGAGAGCUGGGGCAUUAAACUUGGGGGACACUUAAAAAUACUGCCCCUUGAGUACCACCAAAUAAAGAUCUUUGCGAGACAGGAGGGGGAGUUCCUUUUACGAAUAUAAGUCUAUGAGUUGAAGUCUCAGUCCGCUGUUCUUCCUUAUCCCCAAAAAGCAUGGGAUAGAGAGGCUUGGGGACACAGCCCAGCAACCCAGCGGGAGCAACCCUCCCCCACCUUAUUUGUGUGAACCUGGCCAGCGCCCCUCUGAACAUAUUAUUAGUGUGAUUAUUUACUUUGUGUAUUUGUUACAUCAUGUGCGUGAUUGCCUUUGUUAAGAAUGUCUGAGGAAUAUGGGGCUGACAGGGCAUUGGAAUGCCGGGAAAGGACUUCUUCACUGAAAUCAAGGCUUCCUGGAAGGAACCAUUGCAAAAAGGCCAUCAGGCAGUUUUCAAGUUAUGUGACAAGAGGGCAAAGAUGGCCAUAGGGUGCUCUGAGUUUUGGGAUGGUCACAUGACACAAUCCAGCACUUGAACCUGAAAAAAGAAAAAUAAAAGCAGUCAAAGAGUUUA